AUGGACCCAAAAAAUUUGAUAGAAAAUCAAUUCUUCAAACUGCAUCCAUGCCUGCCUGUGAACACAAGAAUUGGGAUUGUAGGUGCUGGUCCAAGUGGCUUAUCAGCUGCUUAUGCACUGGUAAAGCUUGGUUACAAUAAUGUGACUGUGUUAGAGAAGUACCAUACUGUUGGAGGCAUGUGUGAAUCAGUCAAGAUUGAAGGAAAAAUCUAUGAUUUGGGUGGUCAAGUUCUUGCUGCAAAUAGCUCCCCUGUCAUCUUUCACUUGGCGAAAGAGACUGGGUCUGAACUAGAAGAAAUGGACUCUCACAAGCUUGCCCUCAUUGACAGCUCUACAGGGGAGUUUAAAGAUAUUAAAGUGGCAGAUGAUUACGUAUCUAUGAUGUCACUGACCUUGGAACUUCAGGAAAAGGCAAAGGACUCGGGUCGAAUUGGUGUCCAUGCUGUAAGUGAAUUUGCUUCAGAAUUGACCCCUGCAUACCUUGAGGGUCAUGGACUCAAAUCUGUUCCUAAAUCUGUGGCUUAUGGAUACACUGCUUCUGGGUAUGGAUUUGUUCAAGACAUUCCUUAUGCCUAUAUUCAUGAGUUCACUCGUACUUCCAUGGCUGGGAAGAUUCGGCGAUUCAAAGAUGGAUAUACAAGUCUAUGGGAGAAGAUCAGUGAAUCACUUCCAAUAGAAGUUUACUGCAACACUGAAGUAUUGGAAGUCAGAGGCAACUCUAAUGGUGUCACUGUUGAUGUCAAAAAUUGUGGAGAAGUCAAAAGUAUGGAGUUUGAUAAGAUCAUCAUAUCUGGUUCUUUUCCUUUGAAAAAUGGAAGCACUUACAGAUCACCAAUCUCAAAUACUACAGGAGUUGUUCAGUAA